AUGAGUACUGGGGUUCAAGAUGAUAGGAAACCUUUAUUUGAUUCAGCAGUAUCCUUUCUGAGCGACCCCAGCGUUAAGGAUGCACCUUUGACUAAAAAGAUUGAAUUUCUGCAGUCUAAAGGACUGACUCAACAGGAAGUAGAAUUGGCCCUCAAAAAGUCACAACAAGAUCAUGAAAUGCUCUCGCAGAAUGUUAAUAAUAGUAGUACUGCUACUGUCGCAAGAGAACCAGAUAGAGGUUCUCUAAUGUAUGAGGCGGUUCCACCACCAUUGCCACGCCGUGAUUGGAAGGAUUACUUUAUUAUGGCAACAGCCACAGCAGGUUUGUUCUACGGCGUCUAUGAAGUAACAAAGAGGUAUGUAAUCCCCAAUAUUCUACCAGAAGCACAAUCUAAAUUGGAACAGGACAAGAAAGAAAUACAAGAUCAAUUCGAAAGGGUCGAUAAGCUGCUAGUAACGUUGGAAAAUGAACAAUCAGAAUUUAAAAAGCAAGAGGAACAAAAAUUAGUGGAAUUGGACAAGACUGUAGUAGAUCUGCAAACCUGUUUGGAACAGACUUCAUAUACAAGAGAUAAGAUCGAAGAUGAAUUCAAAAUAAUGAAAUUGGAAAUGGCUAAUUUACAGAGUAAAUUGGACACAUUUGUGAUGGCUAAAAGAGGUGAUCAACAGUUGGAAAACAUUAGUUCAGAACUUGAAUCUCUCAAGAAUUUGAUCAAGACGCGUGAGAUGCAUCCUGGGAAUUCCACCAGCAGUACUAAUGACGCUGUUAACCACAAAUCUCCGUUGAACAAAAAUCCUGUACCGGGUGUAGAGGCAAUUCCCUCCGCAACAGAGAUCCUAAGCAAAAUGAAUUUUGGAAAUAAUAAUAAUAAUAAUAAGGACCAAGAACAAGCAUCUGUACCAGCGUGGAAAAAGGCAAGAGAAGAAUCUUUGAACCAUUCAAAUUCAAAUCCAAAUUCGAAUUCAAUCCCGGAAUGGCAGAAGAGUGCGAUGAACAACACUACAAACCCUGAGUUGCAUGACUCUACUAGCAACAACAGUGAAUCAACGGCCCAAGAAUAA